AUAACAUCAACCACCACAGUUCCCAACUAACCACUGAGGAUUCUAUGCAUGAUCAUAUGCAAUUAGAAAUAAACAAAACUUUUAGAGCCCAUGGAAGAUUUAGCCAAAAAAUGCGUACAAGAUCACAGACAACCGCUGGUAAGGGUUAAUUUGCCGGGUACCAAAUUGUUCUACAAGCCGAGGAAUGAGCAGGAAAAAGUCCUCGUCAAAGAAUGCCAAAUCAAUUUUGAAAGUGUGCUGAGACACGGACGGGUGGAACGCAGGUUCCGGGACGCCCAAUUUAUUUAUUUUGUUGUAAGGGGGUUGACUUUCAGAUGCGCCCGAGCCAGGGCUACGUGGCUAGAAGAUCUCGGCCUCGCGCGGGUCGGCAAGCUGAUCAAAAACCUGCUGAAAUAUUUCGGCCACCAAAACAAGGACGGAGUGUUUUUGUAUCCGGAGGAAAUGCUAUUUUUAUUAGAGACGAAUCGCUUGGAGCUGCACCUAGACGACUUACCGAUAACUAUCGCCGAAGGGUACAGCAUCGCGUUGAAGUACAUAACCCUGACAAACUACAGAGUUUUCAAAAAGCUCGCCAGCCUGGGCUACAAGCUGGUGAGAUUCGAUCGAUUUCAAACUACCCGAAACAUGUCCGACCGUGCAGAACAGAAGCGGAAACCGCCCACCGACGACGAGCCCGUGCCGUCAAAGAAGCCUAAGGACGAAGAGGACGUCUCCAAAGAGCUGCGUCACAUUUCGGGGAUUUUCGAGAGUUUAAAAUGCAAAAUGCCGACCGACGCGGCUUCCACAAAUGGCAACGCUUUUGAUCAGGAACCCCAUUAUUGCGUUUUUUUGCCCUCCAACACUAACAAAAACGCACCCGACUUCCACUUAUACCUCUGCGAAGACGGCGAGUUGAUCGAACGACUCGCGCCGCACUCGGACGUGCCGGGCCUAGUGGCGACGUGCGUCGACGACGUCACGUUUUACAGGCUGGGUGUCGUUGAGUUGCCGUUUCUUUGAUCGCCGAGAGGAUUGCCAGG